AUGGUUAACGUCACCAGAUACGCAGUUCCAAUUCUCAAACCAUAUUGGACUUUUUUUGCCGGGGCAGGUAUCACCUACUACUUGAUCGGCAAGGCUGCCAAUGCUUCUAUGAAUAGCGAUGAAUUCAUUAAUGAUCCAAGACAUCCUCGUUUUAACAGAGGAGAGAAAGUCAUUGACAUAAAGGCUUUACCAUGA